CGUACUUAGGUCAUGAAAGUGUUCAUCAGAUAGGAUGCUACUUUCACUUUCAGUGUCUGCAGACUUUAAAUAGCCUGCAGCUUAGUGCUUUUGCCAUCAUUGCAGAGGAUACUUGACUCUCAGCGAAACUACGAGUAUAUCGAUCUUGUGAAGCCACUUGACCAUGGACUCCCCAAUGUGCCUCGUUAAAAACGCCGACGGAGAGCUUUGCAUAGAACCAGAGGCCAUCGACUACCUGAUGGGACUGAAACAGAAAGUCGUAGUUGUGUCUGUGGUCGGGCUGUAUCGCACCGGCAAGUCCUACCUCAUGAACAAGCUGGCUCAGAAGAGAAGUGGUUUUGCCCUUGGAGCCACCAUCCAGUCCAAGACUAAGGGCAUCUGGAUGUGGUGUGUCCCUCACCCUGAAAAAACAGACCACACCCUGGUGCUGCUGGAUACAGAGGGGCUGGGGGACGUGGAGAAGGGGGAUUCUAAGAAUGAUGCCUGGAUCUUCUCCCUGGCCAUUCUGUUAAGCAGUACUCUGGUCUACAACAGUCGAGGGACCAUCGACAAUGAUGCUGUGGAGAAGCUUCAAUAUGUGAACGAGCUGACAGAGAGGAUCAAGGUGAAGUCUACCACUGACAAUGAGGAGGAAGGAGAGGGCACACAGUUUAUGCAGUUCUUUCCUAAUUUUGUGUGGACCGUCAGAGAUUUCACUCUAAAGCUCGAGAUCGACGGCGGAGAAAUCACUCCAGACCAGUAUCUGGAGAAUUCCCUGCAACUCAAGACAGGUGAUAUUGAUUAUUAUAAACCAGGUAGUUUGAGACCUAGUUGCUGAUUGACUUAAACAGCAUUCCAGCUGUGUGUAUAUCAGACAAUAUACCACGGUAUGAUGCAAAGCGUAGCGUUAUGACUAUAACUACUGUUCUCUGAAGGAGUACAACAUAUUAUAAGGAGU